UUGACCAUACUUUAGGGGUAGUUAUAAUAUACCCAAAUUAUCAAACAGAAAAAAAAAUAAUAAUAAAUUAUAAAUGGGUCAAAUCCCAACCCAAUCACGUUCUUCCCCAAUUUCUUUCAAAUUCAAUCAGACCGUUAAAAAAAUGGCAAGCCCUGAUGAUGAUACCCCACGAGAGUCUUGCCCAGGCCGCAUAAUUGACGUCAUCGGCCGCGCCUUCGGCAUCGGCGCCGUCGGCGGCGGCGCGUAUCAUUUCCUCAAGGGUUUCAACAGUAAUCCCACGGGCACGCGCCUAGUCGGCGGUUGGCAAACCGCGUUGAUGAACGCCCCCCAACUCGGCGGCCAAUGCGCCGUGUGGGGCGGCCUACUGUCCGCCUUCGAGUGCUCGAUUGUUUACCUGCGGCAGAAAGAGGAUCCGUUGAACUUCAUCGCAGCCGGCGCCGCCACCGGAGGGUUACUUCGGAUGCGCCAGGGCAUCGUUCCCGCCGCGCGUUCGGCACUCUUCGGCGGUGUGGUCCUCGCUAUUAUGAAAGGGCCGGAGAUUAUGUUGAGUAAUGACGUCACCCGUCCGCCGCGAGAGGCGCCGAUUUUUGUGGAGGAUCUCUCCGGUGGGGCUCAUGGUGAAGACGGAGAUUCUGGAGACCUUUGACUUUGGCCAUCCCACAACUUUUUCUGUUCAAGUUUUCCAUUUGUUUUUUUUAAUUUAUUUUUUGUCUU